GUCAAAAUAAGAGUGUUGACCUCAGAUUGCCUCAUUUGCAUAACAGCAAGGAUCCAUCAUGAGCGCAUCUCGGUCGUUUUCUUGGCUGUGACGUCAGCUCUUUAAACCCUGCGAUUUGGUCCAAAAAUCCAAUGAUUUUUGAGGUGACUUGCUUAAGCCCCUGAUCCAGUCGCCAGUGCAUCUCCAGUGGAUUUGCGCCCGUCUUUUGUCUCGGGUUAGCGAGUGUGACUGCGUCAGAUCGACCUGUCUUUUGUCUGUACUGUAGAUGCAAGAAUUCAUUCACGUUUUUCGUCCCUGAUUUUCGGCCGGUUUUCGUCAGUGACAACUCAGUCAUGAUCUGCACCGAUUAUAGCCAAACAAGUUCAGGCUAUUUCAGCAAAAGAACUUACCAAGCCCUGAAUUGGGAGUGUCAUGGCCCGGCGGCAUCCUCGGGGUUUCCAUUUAGGGAGUUCCACGGGUGACACCAUCCACACCGUCUUGGCCCCAUGUCUUGACUCCCGGCGAGACGGCGUGGAUACUGAACAUUACUCGAUGAUGAAGGCCGGUGGCUUGCCUUGACCCUGAGCCCCGUGGUUCCACUUUCGACGGGCUACGGGUUAUGGCCGACCGACCUUAUCACCACUAGACCAGAGCAAGAUUUCUGUGUUGGCUGGAUUUGGUCAUGGAGGUGUGGGCAUGUUUUCCUAUCUGGAUAAUGAUGGUGGGAAGAAAGAAAAAGUAUGCAUAAUGAAUAUGAAAGAGAAAAGCGAAAGGAAAAUUGCGACGCAAAAGACGGGUAACAUAUAUAGAUGUUGCAGUGGAAUCGGAUGAAUAUAUCCAUGAAAGAAAUUCCAACUCCAUAAAAUCAUUCUUCACUCCCUGACCAAGCAAGCAAGCCUAUCUGAGGUGACCCAUUCUUCCUCCAUCUUGGCUACAGUACAUUGUCUCCAGUGCUCCACGGUCGCAGGUCGAUCUCUUUAAACUCAACAGCAUCCCCGUCGCCCGCAGGGUUUCCAACAAUUCCCCCAGAAUCUCUAUCACUUUGUUUUCUUUUCUCUUUGUCGAAAGACAUCUCCCUCUUUCAUACAAACUCAGCCGGAGACGAAAAGUCGAUCAAUUUGCUUGGGGUGACGACAUCAUAACACCUCAACACCAAGCCAUAUAUCUUUGCGUGUAUACAAACGUGCACUGAUCGCCUCACCAGGCGAGAAUCAAUCUGUUCGAUCGAUGUCGUGAGAGAUCAUCGGUUGAUCAGUCCACCUCGCUUCACUUAACUUUUUCUUAUUUAUCUUUGUCUCUCGUUUUUCAUUCCACUUCCUCACGACGGAGCUCUUCAGGAUACCUACUUCAUCAAUCUCUCAACCAUCUUUCGGCAGGUCUUUCUUAGACUUUGCCUGUGGUGAUAUUUCUCAUCUCAUUUCCUGAGGUAUUACCCUUCAUAGAGUUUCGAGUUGCGAAUACCACCAAAAGUGGCCAUCAUGAGUUCCGAUCCUCCGCCUCAUGGCUUCGAAGAGAAGGAGUUAAAAGAAUUCAAUCUCCAGCAGCCACCUCCAACACGAAACCCAUCCCAAUUCAGCGCCUCGCAGCAACAAGUGCCAGCACGGACAGAUUCACCAAACCCAGCACCCGAACAAAAGCAAUCUGCUCCAUCACUCGACACAUUCCCUACUCUUCAAGCACCGCAUGAAACAAAUGACUCGACCUCAAUCAGAUCACCAAUUGGACAGCGCGCCGAUGCCAGCCGACUUGACGAUAACAUCGAACUUCUGCGAAUCGAGCGUGCUGUUUCUGCUGAUGAUGCGAGUCAAAUGAGGAAGCGUGCUCAUAAUGUUGAGCCCGAGGAUGCUUUCAAUGCACCCAUUCCCGCCGAGACCUAUCAUAAUGAGAAGAAGGUGGAUCCCGAUGCUUCUUUAUUAAAACUCUGGGUGUUUCUGAGAAAGUUUCCCCGAUUCGUUCGAUAUGUUGUGUAUUUGAUCCCAGGUGCUGCUAUCCUUCUCAUUCCUGUCUUGCUCGGUGCGUUCGCACUCAAGUCCGAUGGCAAGCGCCGAGAUGUCAACGGUGUCGAUCUCAUGUGGUUCGGUAUUUGGCUUGAGAUCGUCUGGGGAGUCCUCUGGGUCUCUCGUAUGAUUACAAGUCUCCUGCCCCCAACUUUCAAACUUGUUGCAAAGCUCUUUGGAUCUACCAACGCCAAGAAGUGGAAGGAUAUCGGAUAUCAGCUUGACCUUCACACGGCUGUCUUCCUUUGGUUCCUUGCAAUUCUCAUCUCAUUUGAACCGACCAUGCUGAACCACAACUUCCGGGACCGCAAGCCAAACUGGGUCAAUAUCAUGAACAAGGUCAUUAUUGCCCUGUUCACUCUGGCGACACUCAACUUUGUCGAGAAGAUCCUUAUUCAAUGGAUCGCUUUCACCUUCCAUCAGCGAACCUACGCGACUCGAAUCGACAACAACAAGGCAGAUAUUGGUCAGCUUGUCCAUCUCUAUGAGCACGCCAAAGCCCACAAUGAAAAGACCGACUACUUCUUCCAGCGUGGUAGCAACUCUGCCAGUGGUGCGCAAACUCCCCUACAGACACUCCAGGACAACGCCCGAAACGCAUGGAACAAAGUCGGUUAUGUUGCUGGCCGGGUUGGAAAUGAUUUGAUCGGCCGCAAGGUCGACAGCAACCACCCUCGCAGAGUUGUUAAUGAAUUACUCAAGACCAUGUCUACAGCUCACACCCUGGCCCGCCUGAUCUAUCGCUGCGCUGUCAAGGAGGGCGAAGACCUUGUCUAUCUCGAAGAUAUGGAGAAGAUCUUCGAGACUGAAGAAGAGGCUGAAGCAGCUUUUAUGAUGUUCGACAAGGACAUGAACGGCGACAUCUCACUCGACGAAUUCGAAGCUGUGUGUAAUGAGAUCCACCUUGAAAAGAAGGCCAUUGCCGCAUCGCUCAAGGACCUUGAUUCGGUGAUUAAGAAGCUCGACAAGGUCUUUGUGUUCAUCAUCAUCGUCAUCACCAUUAUCGUCUUUAUCUCGAUUCUCUCCGGUUCAGCUGCCGCCGCUCUCGGUUCUGCAGGGACCGUGGUUCUCGGUCUAGCGUGGGUUCUUCAGGCCACAGCCCAGGAGUUCCUCCAGUCCAUCAUCUUCGUCUUUGUCAAGCACCCCUUUGAUGUUGGUGAUCGUGUGACUGUUUACGGAUCUACCGGCGACACCAUGAUGGGUGAUGAUUACUACGUGACUGAGAUUUCUCUCCUCUACACCGAGUUCAAGAAGAUGCAGGGUCACAUCGUCCAGGCUCCCAACUCACUUCUCAACAACCUCUUCAUUCUGAAUCAGCGACGAUCGAACGGUUUGGCCGAUGUUCUUCCUCUGGUGAUGCGCUUCGGUACCCCUCAGCACAUGAUUGAUGAACUCAAGGCCCGUAUGACCGACUUUUGUCUGGCGAACAAGCGUGACUACGCGCCUCGCAUCAUUACUGAGAUGACCAAGAUUGACGAAGUGCGAUCGUGCAGUAUGAACAUGAUCUUCUUCCACAAGACUAACUUCCAGAACGAACUGCUCCGCCUCAACCGUCAUAACAAGUUUGUCACUGAGUUGAUGACUCAGAUGGUCAACGUUGGUAUCCAGUCACCGUUCCGCAUCGAGCCUGGUGGCAGUCGCGAGCAUCCCAUGUUCUGGUCUGGUCUUCAGCCUCCUCCUGCGUAUGGAAAGGAGCCCGAUCAUGGUGGCGUUGAGCUUCACGACAAACCUGCCCAUGACCGACCUCUCCACUCUGAAGGGCCUCCUCUGAGCCAUGUUUCCUCAACCUACAGCCGCCGAGGCGUCGAUCGCAUGGGUUCCAUUGACAACAAUGUGAACGAUUUCCAAGAUGUUUUCGAAAACAGACGAGACAACAUCCACGCACACCGACUUGCUUCCAUCCGAGAAAAGGAACGGGGCUCCCGAAUCGAAGAUGAGAAGGAACGUCGAUCGCUUGCUAGUUCUUCGGGAGUGGAUCGCCGUACUUCAACGGAUAGUCGAUCCCGAGUGUUUGGUCGCGUCAGGACUGGGUCUAAGAGCCGACGUCCGGGUGAUAUUGUCUGAGGACUGUUAUGAGAUUAUGAACAAAGCUAGCAUUAGAGAGAUCCAGAUCGGUAUAUCUGGAGAGGUGCAUAAUUUUCUUUUAUCUGCGUUUUUAUCACGCACAUUGAGCGUGCUUUGAUAUUUUGGUCAGAUAAGUUGUAGAGUAUAGAUAGUGAAUAUUCGACAAGAUUGACUUGACUGUGAA